CGCCGCUCCGGUGAAGCCACUUGACCGCGGGUUCCGUGAAAGGGUACCACCUCGUGGGUACCACUUUGCCCCCACCAAAAAUCAGCUCGCGAACCGCAUACGCUGCUGACCAGCGCAACAUUUUGUUACCGGAAAAUUUUAAACGAGAUCUUCCUUUUUGUGGUUACAAGAUCUUCAUUUUUUAAAUUGAAAUUGGAACCUAUCCAAAAUGGCGACCGACGAGCUUCCAGAUAGGAUAGCGGAGAUCUUCAAUGGCAGCACAAUUUUCAUAACAGGCGCUUCGGGUUUCGUAGGAAAGGCCUUGAUUGAAAAACUACUGAGAUUGACGAAUUUGAGAAAAAUAUAUUUGCUAUUGAGGGAGAAGAAGGGAAAAGCCCCGGUAGACAGGAUGCAAGAUAUAUUCAACAAUGUUUUAUAUGACAAGAUAAAGUCGCUAAAACCACACGCUCUAAGCAAGUGCACAGCAAUUCAAGGCGAUGUGAGUCAGAUAAAUCUCGGAAUAUCUCAAGAGGAUCGAGAAAAAUUGAAAAAUGAAGUAGAUUUUAUAUUUCACUCAGCCGCAACCACCAGGUUCGAUGAUACUCUGAAAUAUGCUGUCAUUAUGAACACUAGAGGCACCAUGUAUAUGCUUAGAUUAGCUGAAGAAUGCAAAAAAUUAAAACUUUUUGUACACGUAUCAACGGCAUACGCCUUUCCCAGAGAAAAAAUAUUGUACGAAAAAGCAUACGAGCCCAUAGCAGAUCCCCAACAAGUAUUAAGUAGUCUCAAUUGGAUCAAAGAUGAAGCAAUGCAAGAAAUGCAGGACAAGAUACUGGGCGACAUACCGAAUGCGUACACUUUCUCGAAAUCAUUAGCUGAAGCUCUGGUGUAUGAAAAAGCUGGGAAAAUCCCAGUCAUUAUUGGAAGACCGGCCGUCGUUAUACCUGCCCUUCGAGACCCUCUGCCAGGAUGGUUCAACAAUCUGCAAGGUCCCAUGGGACUUUUCGCAGCUUCCGGGAAGGGCGUCAUCAGAUCCAUGUACAUGGACAGCAAAUCUUAUGCCAACCUAGUACCUAUUGACGCUACUGUCAAUGCACUUAUGGUAUUUUCUUGGUACUAUUUAGCACACAAGGAUGCCCCAUGGGUAUACAAUCUUUGCGUGCCGCAGAGGGAUAUCAAACUGACAUGGACAGAUGUUAUGGAGCAUGGAAAGGACGUAAUCAACACGAGGGUACCAUUCAAUAACAUCAUGUGGUAUCCGGGAGGAGCAAUGACGAAAAGUCGAUUGUACAAUAAAAUCAAUAUAUUUCUGUUCCAAAUUAUCCCAGCAAUGUUUAUAGAUAUGAUUUUUGUCGUCUUAGGAUACAAACCAAUUUUGUAUAAUAUUCAAAUGCGGAUCAAAAAAGGCGCAGAAAUGUUUGAAUUUUACACAACGAAGGCGUGGGACUUUGAUACGAAAAAUGUGGAAUGUAUCAGGACAAAGCUAAAUAAGACAGAAAAGCAGCUGUACCAGCUAGAGGCAGACAAUUUUGAGGUCAAAGAUUACUUGACAGAUGCAAUUUUGUACUGCAGACGGCAUAUUUUUAAAGAGACAGAUGAUAUGUUACCUGCUGCUAGGAGGAAUAUGAAAAUGUUUUUUAGGUAAACCUAUGUAUGUGUGGGUUAGGAUGAAAACGAUCAGCUUUUUAAGAUAUUAGUAAAGUGGUUUUUGUGUUAUCAACUGUUCUUACAAAAAAAUGUUCGUGCUUGACAGGACAGUAAAAAUAACAUUUUUUGUUUUACUAGCCUACUUCUUAUAUAAGAGCUUAUUCUAUAUGUUUAGUUGAGGCUACAGUGCAAAGUUCCAUUUCAUCACGAUGGAGUCAUAGAACACAUGAUAUUUCACAAAAUGUUGCUUUCGAGAACGAAAAGUACCUAUAGUAAAUUGAUAAUCAGGCAAAACUAGCCAUAAAAUCAACCAAAAAUAUUCUAAUAAAAAAACUAUAUGUAACGACUUAGGUGUAAUUCAAUGCUUGCCUUUAAUGUCAAUAUUUGCCGUUGUUUUUGUGGCAAAAUCUUUUUAACUAUAUAGGAAUAAUCGAUGCAUAAUUUAUUUUCCUAUAGCAAUUUCUAUGGCUUGUUGUUAAUGUAACAAUGUAUUGUUAAAAACUAAUACAGAAUAUUUUUUAUUUGUAGGUGUAUGUAUGUAAUUAUGUACAGACUAUUAUAUAGCCUUGUACCUGUAUAAGUGAAGAUUAUAUUUUUUUAAUAAAUAUUCCUUCUUAA